AUGGGUUGUCAUGGCCUUCUCAAUUUUGGAAAGAAGCUGCUUCGCCGGAAAGUUGUGAACUGGACCAGAGAAGAGAGCAAGCUGUCACGAUGCCUCAACACUUUUGACUUGGUAGCUCUUGGUGUAGGUAGCACACUUGGUGCGGGUGUCUAUAUACUGGCUGGAGCAGUGGCACGAGAAAACGCGGGACCUGCGAUUGUUAUCUCUUUCUUGAUUGCCGCAUUGGCUUCUGUGUUGGCUGGACUUUGUUACGCAGAAUUUGGUGCUAGAGUUCCAAAGACUGGGUCUGCUUAUCUCUAUAGCUAUGUGACUGUGGGUGAGCUGUUGGCAUUCAUCACUGGUUGGAAUUUAAUUCUUUCUUAUGUGAUUGGAACAUCAAGCGUGGCCAGAGCAUGGAGUGCGACGUUUGAUGAACUCAUAGGCAAGCACAUUGAGCGCUUCUGCCAAGAGCACAUGACAAUGAACGCUCCAGGGGUGCUAGCAGAAUAUCCAGAUAUCUUCUCUGUUCUCAUCAUCUUCAUCUUAACAGGGCUUUUAACUUGUGGAGUGAAAGAAUCCGCAAUGGUAAACAAAAUAUUCACCUGCAUCAACGUUCUCGUCCUUGGCUUCGUUAUGGUGUCAGGCUUUGUGAAGGGAUCAGUCAAAAACUGGCAUCUCACCAUCGACGACAUCUAUAACACGACCAAUGCUUCAUGUAGAGACAAUCAAACACAGGUAGAUCUGAAGCAUGGUGUUGGGGGGUUUAUGCCCUUUGGAUUCAAUGGAGUCCUCUCAGGGGCAGCCACAUGCUUUUACGCCUUCGUAGGAUUUGACUGUAUUGCCACCACAGGCGAAGAAGUGAAAAACCCUCAGAAAGCGAUUCCCAUUGGCAUCGUCGCCUCGCUCCUGAUCUGCUUCGUCGCUUACUUUGGCGUGUCAGCUGCCCUCACGCUCAUGAUGCCCUACUACUUGCUUGAUCCAAACAGUCCUUUACCCAAUGCAUUCCAGUACGUGGGCUGGGAGGGUGCCAACUAUGCAGUGGCCGUUGGUUCACUUUGUGCCCUUUCUACUAGCCUUCUUGGCUCCAUGUUUCCGAUGCCUAGAGUAAUUUAUGCUAUGGCAGAAGACGGACUGCUGUUUAAAUGUUUGGCUACGGUCAGCAAGAGAACCAAAACCCCAGCAAUCGCUACGGCAACUUCAGGGGCUGUGGCAGCUGCCAUGGCCUUUCUUUUUGACCUGAAAGAUCUUGUGGAUCUUAUGUCCAUCGGGACCCUGCUGGCUUAUUCCUUGGUGGCAGCCUGCGUAUUGGUACUGAGGUACCAGCCAGAGCAACCUAACCUGGCCUACCAGAUGGCUAGAACAACGGAGGAGCCAGACCCCAACGAGUCUGUGAGCACCAGUGAAUCGCAGGCUCCGUUUCUUCCUGAAGAGGAGGAGAAUGAUUCCCGAAAAGCCAUUCUGUUUCCCCAAAACUCAGAUCCCUCCAAACUCUCUGGUUUGGUGGUUAACAUCUCAUCUUGUAUCAUAGGUUUACUUAUCGUCAGCUGCUGUAGCUUUACUGUCCUUGGCAAAGAGCUGCUGAUAAAAAGGACUGCGUGGGCUAUCGCCGUGAUUGCCGUGCUCGUUCUCUUUUGCCUCGUUGUCGGUUUAAUUAUUUGGAGACAACCUGAAAGCAAAACCAAGCUCUCGUUUAAGGUACCUCUUUUGCCUUUACUUCCUAUUCUGAGUAUUUUUGUGAAUGUUUAUCUCAUGAUGCAGCUGGAUAAAGGGACCUGGAUACGGUUUGCUGUCUGGAUGUUCUUGGGUUUUAUCAUUUACUUUGCAUAUGGAAUGGGGCACAGCGUGGAAGCUACGGAUUCAGCACCGCCAGAUUCAGAAAGAAACACGGACCCCAACUUGGACAGCUGUAAAUGAUAGCGUGUUCGGCUGAAGAGCAGCCCAGCAGUCACUUCAGACGAGGAAGCUUCAUCUCGGGGACCCUGAACUACUUCCUCUGUUAAUCCGUGCAGCAGAGGGUGGGAUUCCCAGCCGUGCUUGCUGCAACUUGAAGCUCGAUUUACCUUGGUGAUGCAGUUAAAAGGGAUCACAAGGAAAACGCCAUGCCUCUGGCAUACUCCCAACACUGUUCCCUGGGCUGCAGGCGCUCUCUCUCUCUCUCUCUCUCUCUCUUUUUUUUUUUUUUAAUGUAUAGAAAGAAAACCGCUCCUCCGGUGCCAGUUAACCUUCAAUGCUGCUAUGAGACUAGGCCUCCUGAAAGUCCUUCUCUCAGUAGUCCUGUGAAUUAACUCCCCAGGUACUUGUUUUUAAAUGGAACAGACUCUGCAAUGCUAAUGUCAUUCCUAGAUCAGAUCCUUGGAUCAAGUGAUGUGGGCUGUAUCACAAAAAAAGUCUCACCAAAAAUAAUCUCCCAUCUGGUUAAAAAGUG